GGGCGGAGCCUCGUGUUUGGCGUCAGACGGGGGAGGAACCCAGGCGUUUGGGGCGGGGCUUCAUCCUGUGAGUGGUGCGGCUCCAGUUCAGGAAAAGGGAUCUAGUUCUGUUGAGGGAGGAGCUGCGGGUAAGGGGGCGGAGCUUCACCCUCUAGGGGGCGGGACCAAGGAACCUAGUGAAGGUUUAAGCCCAAGUAAUGCCCCGGGGCGUCCGCGCGGGGGCGGCCUCCGUGGUGGCCGUGCCUGGGGACGUGGUAGGCCAAGGACUCCCCCCGGAGAGGUGGUGUGGGUGGAGCGGGCUCGUCGGCCAGCCGACACAGGCCCAGUCUGGGUGCCCCGACGGCCCCCAAGGGCCCAGAGCUGGGGCGGUGCCCCGGGCGGAGACACAGGCCCGGGGUGGGGUGUACCUCCGGAGGAACGGGGCUCCCCAGAACCUCCUAGUGGGGAUGUAUGGGUGCCUCGGGGUCGACCCCCUGCAGCAGCGGCAGAAGUGUUGCCAAGCCCCCUUCUAACUGGACUGAGACAUGAGGCCGAGCUGGGUCCUGACAGUGUUGUCCAUCUGCCUGAGUGCCCUGGCCAUAGCCACGGGCUCCGAGGGCAAACGGAAGCUGCAGAUCGGGGUCAAGAAGCGGGUGGACCACUGUCCUAUCAAAUCGCGCAAGGGAGACGUCUUGCACAUGCACUACACGGGAAAACUGGAAGAUGGGACGGAGUUUGACAGCAGCCUACCCCAGAACCAGCCCUUUGUCUUCUCUCUUGGCACAGGCCAGGUCAUCAAGGGCUGGGACCAGGGGCUGCUGGGGAUGUGUGAAGGGGAAAAGCGGAAGCUGGUGAUCCCAUCUGAGCUGGGAUACGGAGAGCGGGGAGCUCCCCCCAAAAUCCCAGGUGGUGCAACCCUAGUGUUCGAGGUGGAGCUGCUCAAGAUUGAACGCCGGUCAGAACUGUAGCCAGCUUAAGAGGGGUGGGGGUGGGGACCCCAAGAGGGACCAGACUGUUUAAAAAACAAAACAAAACAAAAAAAAUGUUUAAAAGUC